UGUGUGAGUCUGUGUGAGUCUGUGGGUCUCUGUGUGAGUCUGUGGGUCUCUGUGUGAGUCUGUGUUACGCCACCUCUCCCUUCCUGCAGGGCGGCAUCCCGGACACCCUGUGGCGGGCGGACGAGGGGCGGGAGCCGGUCGACGGGGACGUGACGGUCGACGGGGACGUGACGGUCGACAUGCUGAGUUGGAACCCGUCCGCGGCUUACCGCGCGAGGGGCCCCUCCUGCCUGCGCGUGGUGCCGCCGACGCCGCACGCCACCCCGAGGCCGGAGGGCCACACGCGCUUCGUGUGCGUGUCGGACACGCACUCGCUCACCGACGACCUCGUGGUGCCACCGGGGGACGUCCUCCUGCACACCGGCGACUUCACCCGCAUCGGGCUGCCCCUCGAGGUGUCCGCCUUCAACGACUGGCUCGGCCGCCAGCCCUGCCCGCACAAGGUGGUGAUCGCCGGCAACCACGAGCUGAGCUUCGACGCGGACUUCGUGGCGAGGCUGGACGACCCUUGGAGGCGCUUCGGGAUGCCGGCGGCGACGGGGCGUGCCGAUGCCACUAUCCCCGGGCACGUCCGGUCGCUGCUCACCAAUUGCGUCUACCUGCAGGACGACGAGACGGAGGUUCUCGGAUUCCGCAUCUACGGCUCCCCGUGGCAGCCCGAGUUCUGCAGCUGGGCCUUCAACUUGCCCCGGGGCGAGCGUCUGCUGGAGAAGUGGCGGCAGAUCCCGGCCGGCGUGGACGUGCUGCUCACGCACGGACCGCCGCUCGGCGCCGGCGACCGCGUCACAGGCCACGGCGAGUGGCGCGCCGGCUGCGUCGAGCUGAUGAGCAGCGUCCGCCGGCGGGUGAAGCCGCGGCUGCACGCCUUCGGGCACAUCCACGAAGGUUACGGGAUCAUGACCGAUGGGCGAACCUUGUUCGUGAACGCGUCAACUUGCAACGUGAACUACGAACCCGUCAACCCACCCAUCGUCAUCGACCUGCCCAACCCGUAGCGGCGCCUUCGUGCCUUCGAUUGAAUGCGGAUGGCUCUGGAACAAUCUCCGCCUUUCAGCGACUUAUUCUCUGGGACGUAGGCCAUCGCAAACAGUUUUUAUGAUGAGAAAAAUUUAUUUAUUUUACGAGUUCUAGAUUUGAAGCUUUCGUGACUGCAAGGAUUCAUACUCUGAGGUUUUUUCGGUAAAGUCACGUAGGUAAAAAAUUUAAUUAAAAUUAAUAAAAGUAAUAAUAGAUUUACUGUAUCACUUGAUACAGUAAAUAUAGCUGUGACGGUCCCACCUGAUGACGGAGACUUGUGUUGCCUCCGAAACCUCGUGAUUUAUUAUUUUAUUUUAUUUCUAUUCUUACUUUUAGUAAUUUUAUUGUUUACUUAUUUUACGAGGUCAAUGCUCCUCUGAGCUAUGUAACUCUUUUUUCAGAAGCGACCUGGCUGUCACAGACGAUAGCAACUCAACGAAGUGGCUCAUCAUCAUCACCAUGUGGGAAAUGUCUAGCAGCAGCCAAAUACUUUAAAACGCGUCACUGACGUUGAUUCUAAAUGUGGAGGGAAAAAGCUGGAGGAUCCGGAGAAAAAUCCACGCGAUCACGGGGGUACGAGAGAGAGAGAGAGACACGCAAACUCCAAAUACACAGCAGGGGUCAAGGUCGUGAUCAAACCAACGACCUCCUGCGUACCAGGCGAGUUAGUUAACAUCUCCUAGCCACCAAGGCCUGUGGAGGCAUCUGCGGCAUGUCUCAUGUUUCGCUGCUAUUGCUCUUGUUUGAUUCUGCACUUCGCUUGAGUCGACAGCCAUCGUCACGCUUGAAGUGCUCCUCUGUACCCAGGAUUGGGUUUGAAAACCAAAAAAGGUCAAAAGAGUUGCCAUCACUUUUUUUUGAGAGUGGUGGCAUUUGAGUAUUUUGUUGUUUGUUGUUGUUGGCCUCCUGUUGUAAUGGGAUGUCGCUUAUUUGGUACUUGCUCGUCAGGCAUUAUUUUGUACACGUGUAGUGACAUAGCGCCAACUGCUGUCCAGCAGCAGCAACUGCGGUGGGCAGUCAGCGCACUCACGCCGCCGAGCGUGUACACGGCUGUGUGUGCCGGCAGGGCGGAGUAACUGGGGCAAGGGUCACGGAAGACCUCAUCGGGAGGCUCCUGAAACUCGCUCGUGGGUUCGAGAAGGGAGGCGUGGCCAGCGCGGAGCCAGGGCGGAGCCAGGCCGCGCCGAGUAGAAUAAAGCAGCGGAGAGCUCUGGGCUGCCGGUUCUGGGAGCGGACUCGUCUCGUCGUCGCUGUCGUCUUCGCCGCCUUCGUCGCUGCCGCCUUCGCACGAUAAUUGUGCGGCCGGACAGUCGUUGGCUGUCUCGGUCAACGCCGUCGGUGCAACGCGGUCAGGGUCGUGUCUGGGCCGGGCUGUACGGCAACGUGGCGGAGAAGGGAGGCCGGAGUUGGUGUAAUGGAAAUAGAGAGAAGGUGCCUCCUGCCACUACCUCAUGUCUGACUGAGUGUGCUACACACACACACAGCGACGAGGAGCACACUACACAUGCAUAGGCCCUCCCUCUUCAUGCCCCACCUUCUUCCUGUUUAGACCACGCCCUCUUUUUAUCCUCACCCCCCCACACUUCUUCUUUAGGCCCCACACCCUCCUGUUUAGGCCUCGCCAAAAGAGGACGAAGAUGGGGAUGGGUGUAUUGCCUUAAAUCUUAAUUUGGAGCUUUCGUGACUGCAGGAAUUACUCUUUGGUUCUUUCGGUAAAGUCACGUAUAAAGAUAAAAUAAUAAAUUAAAUAAUAGCAUACGACGUUUCGAUUGCAACACAAGCAAUCAUCAUCAGGUAUAA